UGUUAAUGUUUGUUUUUAAGUCACCCCUUUCACGGGCACCGAACUUUAGUAUUUUCUCCCCCACGAUUUCUCAACCAAUUCUUGGGAGUGCCCUUUUUCUGAAAUUAUUAUUAUUAUGUUAUUAUUUUGGUUGGAAUUAGGAUUCGGUGCAUGAGCCUCCUCCACUGAAUGUCAGCCCAGUGAAGCACCAAAUGCUGCCUAACCUGAGGAACCACCUGUCUGGAAACCCACCAGGCCUCUACAUCACUUGGAAUUCUUAGGUUAGCCAGUCUUCCGCAGUGCUCAGUAUAUUACCAUUGGCUUAUGAGAUGGUUUCUCUGCAGAGGAAAGGGCUGCAGUCCAGGAUUCUCAGCUCUGAAGAAGAGGAGAAACUGAAAAGAGACCAAGCUUUAGUGUCUGAUUUUAAACAACAAAAACUGGAAAAAGAGGCUCAAAAGAACUGGGACCUUUUUUACAAAAGAAAUAGUACCAAUUUUUUCAAAGAUAGACACUGGACCACCAGAGAGUUUGAGGAGCUAAGAUCAUGUAGAGAGUUUGAAGAUCAAAAGUUGACUAUACUUGAAGCUGGCUGUGGUGUUGGGAACUGUUUAUUCCCGCUUUUAGAAGAAGAUCAGAAUAUCUUCGCCUAUGCCUGUGAUUUUUCUCCAAGAGCUGUUGAAUAUGUCCAGCAAAAUCCUUUAUAUAACACAGAAAGAUGCAAGGUGUUCCAGUGUGAUCUGACUAAAGAUGACCUUCUGGAACAUUUGCCCCCGGAGUCUGUGGAUGUUGUCAUGUUGAUAUUCAUGCUCUCUGCUGUUCACCCUGAUAAGAUGCAACUUGUCUUACAAAACAUCUACAAGGUAUUGAAACCAGGCAAAAGUGUCUUGUUUCGUGACUAUGGACUUUACGAUCAUGCCAUGCUUAGGUUUAAAGCCGGCAGCAAACUUGGAGAAAACUUCUAUGUUAGACAAGAUGGAACCAGAUCAUAUUUUUUCACUGCCGAAUUCCUGGCUCAGCUCUUUAUGCAUACUGGUUAUGAAGAAGUGGCGAAUGAGUAUGUGUUUCGUGAGACGGUGAAUAAAAAAGAAGGCCUCUGUGUCCCAAGAGUUUUCCUUCAGAGCAAAUUCCGAAAGUCUCCAAGAUCUGACACCUGUGACCCUGGGCCGCCUCACAAGUCCUGACCUUUGUUGAGGUUCCCUUGGAAGGAAAAAUUUAAAGUCACUAUUUUGUAUAUUUUACUUUUUAAAAAAUGAGAUUAUAUAUAUAUAUAUAUAUAUGUAUAAAAUUUUUGUAUGGAAAGUAGCAAGUGUGAGUAUGUAUUAUAGAGAUACAAAUAAAAUUGCAAGGCCUGAAAAGUAAAGAACAUUUUAUGGCACCACAUGAUUUAUCUGUGCUGUCCCACUGUGAGGCCCACAAAGGAAAGCACAAGAGCCUGCAGCACGCAGACAGCCUUUCGUCAUACUUGUGAGUCUGUGUCUCCAGACAGCAUGGCAGGUAAGCCAGUAGGGAAAUGAGGUUAAAUAGAUGAAAAUGACUCAUCCAUAUGUGUUUUUAGCUAGAAAGAUUGUUCUCCAUUCUUUUUCCAGUGCCUCAUAUUUGCCCAUUUUUCUCCUUUUUAAUUCUUGUAUGUACCUCUUCUAGACUGUGUUCCACAAAUACUGCUUUUGCUGUGUUUAAAGACGCCACCGUGUCUCCCAGCCUGAUUCUUGAGCCCCGCUGGGCCAGUCCCUGCACAGGGGAGAGGGGAAGGCCGCCCUUAUCCUUCAGGAGUACAGCAGAUGGGCCGUCCCGACGCCCUGUUGGGAAGUGAGGAAGCAGUGGUGAGGGGUAAAUGACUAACAGGGCCAAAAUCACAUAGCUCCUGUCAUGCUGGAAUGUGGGGAAAUCCUUAAAUUGGUCUGCUGACCUGUUUCCCAGGCAGUCCCAGCUCAUGACUUUUAUCAUUACUUAUGCAGUGAAACCAGAGUUCUUUUCAUCUGCUCACCAAAGUGAAUCCUUUAUGUUGCCCUUUUUGCAGAAAGCUGUUUAUGAGGACAUUUGCUUUGAGUACGUGGGCGAUGGACUGCCCAACCCCAACUGCAUCAGAAGAGGCGGGCUCCCGGUGGGGAGGGGCUGGGUAAUUGUCCUAGCAGUUCUGUGCAGUUAGAAUAAAUGCCCUUGGCUCCUGGAGAGAAGAGGGCCAGGCAGUGGGACUGUGCUGGCUGGGGGUCCUGACUCUGACAUUUGGCCUCCGCCUCCUGGAAGGGGCCUGUGGAGCAGGAGAAGCAAGAGGAACCCUUUAUCUCUUGCUGGUCUGUUAUUCCCUAUAGUCUCUCCCCUUUGAGGCCUGGAAGAUGGCUAUACUAGCUAAGAGGAAAACGGAUGGGUAAUGCGGAAUUCACCCUCUCUGGUGUGUGUUUUUUGUCUCCUCUCCCCUCCCCCCCCAAUCAACUAGUAAAGAAGAUAUACCUUGCAAAGCCAGGGUCAAGCCCUGUUCCAGGCUCCCCAGUGAUGGUUCAGGCCUCUCUCUUCAAAGCCUUCUCCACCAGAGCAAGCCCUCCCUACCAGUUCUGCGGGGCAGCCUCCACCACAGUCCUUUCUCCCGCGUCCUCUCUCUGACUAGUAUCACUUGGACUUUAAUAACCAAGUAGACAACAACAGGAUAUUUAAGUAGAAAGUGGGGAGGUAUCAUGUAGUAGGAUACGUGUGGGUGGGUUCUUGUUAGACGAGUCAGUUGGGAUUCAUCUUUUGCCCGUUGUGAGCCUCUUCUGUGGAAUGGUGAAUGUACUGAGAAGGCGCCCAUGGAGUUCGCUGAGCCCCGGAGACAGGAACGGUACUAAGAAAGCCAAGCAGGCUCCGGAGGACCCUGCCCAUAAAAAAUGGCCUCUCUGCCUUUGCCAGCUGCGAAGGAGGCCAGGAGCAGUUGUCUCCGUUCACAGGAGUGUUAUGACCCCUACUCCUACCCCAUAAAGAAAAAGCGGCAGAAGCCUUCUUGUGGGAUUUUUAAAGCUGGCUAAUGAUGUGCCCACCUCUGAUGCUGAGCACAGGAACUUCUCAGCAUAUUUUAAAGUGGCCCCACUUUAAAAUAUACUGGCUGUAAAUAGACUUCUAGUCAAAUGAGGUGAUACAGUCCAAAAUGGGUCUAACCAGAGAAUUGGGUAAAAAACAAAGGAAAUUAACAAGCAAAAUCAAAAAGUCUGAUCUGAAAACUUGGCUUUAGUCCCACUGCCUCAGUGUCCUUGUGCUCAUUCUCCACCAGUCCACCCCAGAUUAAAACACACAGGAACAGGGUUUCCCACAGUUUGUAUGCCCAGAAACCCAGAAGGCCACAGUGGUUUUAGUUGCAAAACUGAUUGCAACAACAUUGUGGAAUGAAAAUACCAAGAACCUAGCUAUCUUGUCUUAGACAGAAACGGGAGCUCCAGAAUGGUGCUAUAGAAA